AUGACUACAAGAGACAGGCAAAAAAUGCAUGAGCAAACUGGUUGCUUUGAUCCCAACACAAUGGGAGAAAGUGUACCCUCUCUAAUGGAUAACUUCCCUCAAACUCUCCCAGACCCUCUAACUCCAUCACCCAUGGUUGUAGGCAGCACGACAAACACCAAUAAUAGCCUUGAAGAGAAUCUCAGGCUUUCUGUGGAGGAGCUCUCCUAUAAUCAUCACAAUUCACAACACCAAGAAGAUGUCUCCACCUAUGCAAGUGGAGUCACUGCAACAUCUAUUGACUUCCCCCAUUCACAACAUCUAGGUUUGAACAUGGGGAACUCCUACAUCGACCACACCAACAACAUGGAUAACCAUUUGGUGCAAGAGGUCAUUGAUGCCCUUCCGUAUCAGCAAUCCAUUUGGGACCCUACUACUGUUCAGGAAUUACAAGACAUGACCUAUGCCAAUCAAAUUGAACAACAACAACAGCAAAAUGAACAACAAUUUCAGCAAAUAGACACUCAAAACUGCAGCCAAAGCUACAACCCCUCUUCCAUACUAGACCCUCCUUACCCUUCAACCGAUCUCCUCAACCUUCUCCACUUACCAAGAUGCACAGCCUCAUCUUUACAUACCAAUCCCACCAUUUGCCUGACAAACCCAACUCAGAACACACCAAACUUUCAUAAUCCAUUGGCCUUUCUUGGAGACAUUCCAAUAGGGUCAGACAACACAAGUGCAUCCUCAGUUUUGUAUGAUCCUCUAUUCCAUCUGAACCUUCCUCCACAGCCUCCAGCCCUUAGAGAGCUGUUUCAGUCUCUCCCCCGAGGCUACAGCUUGCCAACCAACUCAAGGAAUGGUUCACUCUUUGGAGGCGAUGACAUAGAGGGAGAUGGGAGCCAGCUUGACAUGGGAGUGCUGGAAUUCAACAGGGUAACACCCUCUGUUGUUGGCAAGAGAAGAGGAGGAAAAGUUACCAAACAUUAUCCAACUGAGAAACAAAGAAGAGAACAACUUAAUGGAAAAUACAAAAUCUUGAGGGAUCUCAUCCCAAACCCCUCCAAGAUUGAUAGAGCAUCUGUGGUGGGCGAUGCCAUUGACUACAUAAGAGAGCUUAUUAGAACAGUUAAUGAACUCAAACUAUUGGUAGAGAAGAAAAGGUAUGGGAAAGAGAGAUGCAAGAGACCAAAAACAGAACAAGAUGCUGCUGAGAGCUGUAACAUAAAACCAUUUGGUGAUGCAGAUGGGGGCAUAAGGACCUCAUGGCUCCAGAGAAAAUUCAAAGACAGUGAGGUUGAUGUCAGAAUAAUAGAUGAUGAGGUCACAAUCAAACUCUUUCAGAGAAAGAAAAUCCACUGCCUGCUGUUUGUCUCCAAGAUUCUGGAUGAACUUCAGUUGGAGGUUCAUCACGUUGCAGGAGGACAUGUUGGUGAAUAUUGCAGUUUCUUGUUUAGUAGCAAGAUAAUGGAAGGUUCUUCUGUCUAUGCAAGUGCCAUAGCCAACAGGGUCAUUGAUGUUUUGGACGGUCAAUACUCAACCACAGAACAACUAUUAAAAUAG